UUUUUUUCUUUCUCUCUCUCUCUCCAUGGACUUACAUCUGAAGCAAUGGAGAAACCAGCAUGAGUCAGAGGAACAACAUUCUACAAAGAUGCCAAAACUUCUCCCUGAAUCCCAUCAACAGCCACAACCCUCUGCACUCCCUUUGUUUGUACCUGAACCCAACAGCAAAGUCAGCACCCUGUCAGAUUCAACAUUAGCCACUACCACUAACAGAUUUCCCAGGAUGGGGAGCUACUUCAGCUUGUCUCAGUGGCAGGAACUUGAGUUGCAGGCUUUGAUAUUCAGGUACAUGUUAGCUGGUGCUGCUGUUCCUCCUGAACUCCUUCAACCAAUAAAGAAAAGCCUUCUUCAUUCUCCUCACUAUUUCCUCCACCACCCUCUCCAACAUUACCAACCUGCUUUGUUGCAAUCAGGGUAUUGGGGUAGAGGAGCCAUGGAUCCGGAGCCAGGGCGGUGCCGGAGAACCGACGGGAAGAAGUGGCGGUGCUCGAGGGACGUGGUGGCGGGGCAAAAGUACUGUGAGCGCCACAUGCAUCGUGGAAGAAACCGUUCAAGAAAGCCUGUGGAACUACCCACACCAACUAGUGCUUGUGGUGGAUCUCUAGGACUAGCUGCUUCAUCUUCCAUUUCUUCACCGCCUCUAGCUUCUGCUUCACUCAAAUCUCCUUUUGAUCUGCUCCAUAUGAAUGAACAACGUACAUCUGGGACCAAGAAUGAAGACAAGAGCUCUUUUGAAAGCGAAGAUCAUGUGGGUGGGGAUGGCAGAUCAGGUGGCCAUAUGCUGAGGCAUUUCUUUGAUGAUUGGCCACGAUCACUUCAAGACUCUGACAACGUUGAAAACAAUGCUGGCAGGCUGAACUCGGCCACAUGUCUAUCUAUUUCAAUGCCCGGAAAUACUUCCUCGGAUGUGUCGUUGAAAUUGUCCACGGGCUAUGGAGAGGAUCCAGGCCCAAGAAAUGAGAAUGUGGACCUCGAGGUGGAGGCUGACCAACUGCAGUUGAAUUGGGCCGGAGGAUGGGCCUCGGCUAAUCAAGUGGCUUCUAUGGGAGGGCCACUUGCGGAGGCACUCAGAUCAUCUACUACAACUUCAUCUCCCACUAGUGUUUUGCAUCACGUGCCUCGUGGUUCUGGAUCUGAGACCAGCUUCAUUAGCACCUAAGUUUAGCUAGUUGGUACCCCAACUAAUUUUCUGUUCUUGUUUUGAGAUUAAGUUCCACUUUCGGAGCAUUCUUGGACAACAGUUAUGUUCGUGUCAAUCCUGUGGACUUCUUUUGUUUUUAAGCUGGCGAUGAAAGGAUAUAUGGUUGGUUCCUGCUUG